GGACCAAAUAUUGUGCGUGUUCCCGUGGGCGGCAGUCGCCUUGCUUCGGCUUGCCGCGGCUGCCAGGGUUGGAGGCAAAGCUGCCGUCGAGGAUUCAUUGAACGUAAUGGAGGAGGCAGCGGUUGCCGGUUCCGGUGUUCAAAGCCCCUUUUACGGGCACGGCGGUAGGGAUUAUUGCGUGCUAGUGUUCUUAAUGACACCACAAUGCAGUUCCAGGCCAAAUACAGUUAAUUUAAAAGAUAAUUCAGUUUCUAAGCGAAACAGCGAUUUGACAAGUGCGAUUUUGCUACAAGCAGACUGAACUCAAGGCAACACACCACUUACAGCUGAAGAAAGAGGAGAAUAAUAUCUGGUCCUGAGCAGAGGAGGCUUAUACAACUACCCUCACCCAGAGAGAUUGCAGUAUAAAAACAAUGCAGAAGGAGAUCAGCAAGCUGAUGAUGGAAAAACAGCUUGCACAGCAAGAAAUUGAUAGAUUAAAGCUGAGGCAGAAAGUCAUUAAGAAUCAGAGACCACGUCUAGCUUGGAACGACAAACCGAUUGAGACAAAGCGAGAGGAGAGAGAGAUAAAAGCAGGAUUAGAGAGACAAGGAAUAAAUGAGAAAGCAAAACAGGACGAGGAAACGAUAAAAGCACUGACACAAGAGAUUGAGAGAUUGAGAGAGAUUAAGCCAGAAAUGUCUUAUAAAAAAGAUGAAGACAUUUGUAAUCUAGAAAGUGAGAGAGUUAAACUGGUCAACAAAAAGGUACAAGAUUUGGAGAGAGAUGUUGAGAGACUGAAAGAAAUUGAACAGGAAAGGUCAUUUAAAGGAGAAAGAACAAUGCAUAUUGCAAAAAUCGAAGACGUUCAACUAGUCAACAAACAGCUAAAUGACUUGAAGAGUGAGGUUGAAAUAUUGAAACAGAAGCAGUUAUUUCAAAAGCAAAGAUCCAUGCAUAUUGCAGAGAGUGAGGGAGUUAAACUGUUCACCAAACAGCUAAACGACUUGAAGAGAGAGGUUAACAAUUUGAAAGAAGACAUGACAAGUAAAGAAAUUCAAUAUGAAAGAAGAUUUGAAGUUGCAAAAAAAGCGCAUAAAAGACAGAAUGAAAGAAUGAAACAAGUUAACCAACAUUUACUACAACUAGAGAAAGAAGUAGUGAUAAUUAAAGAAGCGAUUGGAUUGAAUGAGUGUACUGGUUUAGAGAGAAUAGGUGAUGGAAACAGAGAGACAAAGAAUGAUGGAAGAGAAAAAGACAUUAAACAAAGCAUUGAGAAAGAGAUGGAGAUUAACCAAGAACAAUAUGAAUUGGAGGAAAACUUCAAGACAAUCAAGCAACAGAUGGUAGAAUUUGAUAAAGUGAAUAACUGCCCUAAAGCAACCAUGCAGUUCAAAGGUGAAAUGAUACAGCCAAACCCCGGAAGGUCCAAUGGCCCCUCCCAUUACCGUAUUUACUCUAGUACUGAUACCAUCAUGACCGUACCUUAUAAACUACUGCAGAGAGGACCUGACUUCCAGCCCCUGCUGGAUAGUUAA